AUGAUGGGGAAACUGCCCCUGGGGGUCGUCUCCCCUUAUGUGAAGAUGAGUUCAGGGGGCUGCACGGAUCCUCUGAAAUUCUACGCCACCAGCUACUGCACAGCCUAUGGUCGGGAGGAGUUCAAGCCCCGGAUGGGCAGUCAUGUGGGUACAGGCUACAAGUCCAAUUACCGGCCCCUGGUCUCGUACCAAGCCAGUCUCGAUGCCCUGGACAAUCCAGCCAAGAGGGACCAAGUCCAGAACAAUUUUCAGACGGUGACCAAUCAGAGUUACUGCCCACUGGAGGUGCCUGACGGCAGGGGUCCCCUGCCCCGGAGCAUCCACCAGACCUGCUCUGGCUAUGGGCGGGAGAGGCCUCACACGGGACCCUCCACCAAGGAGGUCAGGAAGGUCCAUUUCGACACUCAGGAGCACGGGGCCCAGGCCAUCACAGGGCUGGAGCCCAAGGAAGUGCCCUUGCUCCAUCAGCAACAGAGCAAGGGCUCCAUGGAGUUGGAGAACGCCCGAUAUGGCCCUCGCUUCAUGACGUCUGAGUACAACUCCAAGUAUGUCAACGAGCCCUCCAACCAGCCAGAUCUCUUGCAGAAGAAGUCAAUUGGCGCCAAGGAGGAGACUGGCUUCACAGAAGAUUCCACCAAGAACCCCAUUGUCUUCAAGCCACCCUCCCAGGUCCUCCCUGGGGACACUACUCUUCUCCCAGGCAGGAGUGUUACCAAGUCAGACUUCCUUCCCAUGACCCACCCUCAUGGUGAUGAGCUCCUACCUGUGUUGGCCAGAGGCUCCGAGCGGGAGACAGGCUUCAGCCGACUGAAUGAAAUGACCCUGAACCCCAGAACACCCUCUACCUUCUCAGAACCCUGCAGCAUGAGCCACUGGCAAUUCCAGCCACCCCAGAGGAUGCAACAGUCAAACGUUGCCAUGCUUGGCCGGGAGACAGUGGGGAACAAGGAGCCCACGGGGUACAGCCUGAACAACUCCAGCUAUGUCCGGAGCCCCUAUGACCCCGAUAUGGAUAAUCGAUACCUGACCACCUACAAUCAAAAUUACUUCGAGAAUAUUCCCAAAGGUCUAGACCGGGAAGGCUGGACUCGAGGCAGCGUCCAGCCCCAGAAGCCGGGAGGCUAUGCCCUCAACCAGCCCAUCACUCGCAUGGAGCCCACCCCCAACCCCACGGAGAGCCUGCGGUGCCUGCACCCCCACGUGGGAAGAACCCUGACCUAUGCUGACCCCUUCUACCGAGACACCCCUCACAGCAGUCGCUUCACCUCGCCCAGCUGA